AUGGCAGAAAAUUCGUCUUCUCACCGGCAACCUGGUCCUCGACCAAAAGUCAGAAACAAUUUCCAAAUAGAAGGAUCCCCAGAACAUUGGGCUAACAGAUGCCAAGCUGCUUUAGACACAAUCGUUAUGCAAAUCGUCAGAUCUGAUUUCCCAAACAUCAGAUCUGGAAAAGAAAUCAAUACUACAGAAUUGGACCCACCAGCACCACGUUGGGGGGACAUCCAAUCCAGCCAAUCCAUAGAUAGCAGUUAUCAGAAACAAAUACACAUGGUUCAAGGAGGUCCGUCACGAAGACCAAAUAAACGAAACUAUGAUCAACAUUGGAGAGAACAACAAGUCGUGUUCCCUGUUGUUCCUGGGGGCCCUCGGGAAGAACGACCAGUGAUUAUCACUGGGGAAAUCGCUUUCCCGGUGACUUUAUCAGAUGGCGAACAUUCACGAAUAGUUACAGUCAAUUUCAUGGUCAUGCCAGCAACAUCACGUCAUGAUGUUUUGCUCGGGAGAAGGUCACAAAGAGAAUUCAGCAUGAUCACUUCCAUUCCACAUGCUGCUUGUGGAUUUCCGACAGAAACCGGAGUUGCAAUUCUCUAUUCAAGCAAAGAAGUCAUGUCCGUGGACGAUGAACCACCAGCAAAGGUAGUCAAAUCUUCGGCACCAAACGAACCAGAGAAAUGGGUUCUGAACAACGAAUACCCAGAGCAGACCAUUCUGCUAGGACAAGCCAUUUCACCAGCAACACGUAUACAACUGAAAGAGUUUUUGUCUAACAACAAAGAUAUAUUUGCCUGGUGCCCAGCAGACAUGACUGGAGUUCCACGCGACAUCGCGCAACAUUGUCUAAACAUCAAACCAUCAGUAGAACCUGUUGCUCAGGGGAGGCGCAGCUUCAGUGAAGAAAAAGCAAAAGCAAUGGACGAGCAAGUGACAGAGUUACUCAAUGCGGGAAUCUUGCGCGAAGUGCAAUACCAUACAUGGGUUGCCAACCCAGUGAUGGUACAAAAACAUAGCGGCGGGUGGAGAAUGUGUGUCGACUUCAAGGACCUAAACAAAGCAUGCCCCAAAGAUUGCUACGUGCUCCCAGAGAUAGACAAAAAAGUCGACUCUCUAGCAUCAUUCAGAUGGAAAUGCUUUCUCGACUGUUAUAAGGGUUAUCACCAGGUCCAGAUGAAAAAAGAAGACGAAGACAAAACCGCGUUCCGCACAGAUAAAGGCAUCUACUGCUACACGAAAAUGCCGUUUGGCUUGCGCAACGCAGGCGCAACUUAUCAACGCCUAAUGGACACAGUCUUCAGCGGGGAUAUUGGCAAAACUGUCGAAGUAUACAUGGAUGACCUCGUCAUCAUGAGCCAUGAAGAGGAGACAAUGCUCAACAAUAUCCAGCGCACGUUCGAUUCCUUACGUAGCGCGAACUUAAAACUUAACCCGACAAAAUGCUCCUUCGGCAUGGAAGAAGGAAAAUUUUUGGGUUUCAUAGUUACAAGAGACGGCUUUAAGGUUAAUCCAGAAAAAGUGCAGGCCAUCCAGCUAAUGCCAUCACCUGCAACAGUCAAAGUAAUGCAAAGGCUCGCCGGACGAUUAGCAGCUCUGAACAGAUUCUUGGCUAAUCAUGCGGCAAAAUCUUAUCCACUUAUCAGUACGCUGCGAAACUGCGGAAAGAAAACUCCUUUUCAAUGGACGCCUGAAGCAGAAGCAGCAUUCAAGCAAAUGAAAGAAUGUUUAAUCCAGCUGCCAACACUGACCGCGCCAAAAGAAAAAGAACCGUUAAUCUUAUAUCUGUCAGCCGCGGAAGUAGCGGUAGGCGCAGUAUUAAUGGUAGAACGGGAAAAUAUCCAGACUCCAAUCUACUAUAUCAGCAAAAUGCUCACUGGCCCCGAAACUCGUUACUCAAUGAUAGAAAAAUUGGUUCUAGCACUAAUACACGCAUCCAGACGCUUGCGCAGAUUAGCUAAAUGGGCCAUUGAGCUGGGAGGCUACAACAUUUUUUACAGACCAAGACCAGCAAUCAAAGGGCAAGUUCUAGCAGACUUCGCCACUGAAGUUCCCAUCGAUAAAAUACAAGAAUGUGAGGCAAUCCAGAACCCAACACCUGUUUUCGACGACAGAGUCUGGACCUUACACACAGAUGAUGCUUCCAAUGAUGAUGGAGCAGGAGCAGGCCUCCGAUUAGUCAGUCCGGAUAAUCACGAACUUACAUAUGCCAUACGCUUAGAUUUCCAAAGUACCAACAAUGAAGCAGAAUACGAAGCAUUUUUAGUAGGUCUCCGUCUAGCACUCAAAAUGGGGGCAAGAAACCUUAAAGCCAACGUUGACUCAAAGCUAGUAGCUGAACAAGUUAACGGUCGUUAUGAUGCGAAAGGGGAAGCUAUGGCGUUAUACCUUGAACAAGCGCGGAUGUUAAUCAGCCAAUUUCAAACAUUCAAAGUUAAUCACAUAAACAGAAGCGAGAACAAGCACGCUGACGCGCUAAGCAAGUUAGCUGCUACCAGCUUUAAACACUUAGCAAAGGAGGUGCGCAUAGAGCUAUUAUCCAACCCUUCCAUUCAUCUCAAGCAAGUAAGCAUCAUAGAAAUAGGAGAUCCAUCCUGGAUGUCUCCAAUUAUCUUGUACCUUCAACACGGAAAACUUCCGGAAGGAAAGGCAGAAGCUCAAAAAAUACAACACAAAGCAAUAAAUUACGAGAUGGCGGAUGGCGUCCUUUAUCGAAAAUCAUUCAUAGGCCCAUUACUGUGGUGUGUUGAUAAAACAGACGCCCAAUACCUAGUCAGAAAAAUCCACGAGGGAUUAUGCGGGAUACACGCGGGACCGCGCAUGGUCGUGGCAAAAAUAAUGAGCGCCGGAUACUACUGGCCAGGAAUGCACAUGGACGCAGUUGAUCUAUUAAGAAGAUGCGAGGCAUGUCAACGCCACGCACCAAAGACAUUCCGACCCAAAAAUCCGCUAAUUCCCGUUACUUCCGCCUGGCCAUUCCAACAAUUUGGAUUACCAUUGCGCAUUAUUUCCGACAAUGGUACCAACUUCGCCGCAGAAGAUCUUCAAAAAUGGUUCAAAGAAAUGAAGAUCGAGCACAACUUUGCCUCCGUUGUGCAUCCUCAAGCGAACGGUCAGGUAGAAAGCGUAAACAAACAAAUCGUUGACGGCAUAAAAGCGCGACUUGGGACAAUGCGCAGAGGGUGGGUUGACGAACUUCCCAGCAUCCUCUGGGCGCAUCGAACAAUGCCAAAGACUAGCACCGGCGAAACUCCGUUCAGUCUAGUCUAUGGGUCUGAGGCCGUCAUUCCAGCUGAGAUAGGUUUACCGUCACCGCGCAUGAUAGCCAUGGAAAAACAGAACAAUGAACAAGAGCGAAGAAUGGAUUUGGAUCUUCUGGAAGAGAGGCGCGAGAACGCCGCCAUAACGGAAGCAAGGUACAAAUCCAAGCUCGAAAAAUAUUACAAUGCGCACGUUCGUGUUUGCACCUUUGUCCCCGGCGAUUUUGUCUUGCGCGACAAUGAGGCUUCAAACGCUGAAAAGCCCGGCAAAUUAGCGCCAAGAUGGGAAGGACCAUACGUCAUUAACGAGGUCCUAGGCAAGGGGGCAUAUACCCUAAAAAGGAUCGAUGGGACCCUAGUCCCUCGCACCUGGAACGCACAACAGUUGCGCAGGUGUUACAUAUGA